ACAGGCUCCAGGUCGGGGGGAAGAGGAUUGUGUGCGAGGUGUCGCGUUGCCUUGGAGACAGGACGAACAAUAUGGCGCCCUGACAGCAACACUGCUUUCCAGGAUAGUGACCGUCCAGCUAGGCGGGGAGACAUGCCAGGACCCUUCUAACGAGCUGCCCUCACUGUGACACCAUGAACAGAUAUAAAACAGUUUCUAAAAUCGGAGAAGGGACAUUUUCAGAAGUUUUGAAAACUCUGAGUCUAAAGGACGGGAAUUACUAUGCAUGUAAAAAAAUGAAACAGCUUUUUAAAAGCACUGAACAGGUUAAUAACCUGCGAGAAGUACAAGCUCUGAGGCGACUGAGUCCACAUCCAAAUAUUCUAAUACUACAUGAAGUUGUCUUUGAUAGAAAAUCUGGUUGCCUUGCUCUGAUAUGUGAACUUAUGGACAUGAAUAUUUAUGAGUUAAUUAAAGGUCGCAGACAACCAUUGCCUGACCAUAAAAUCCGAAAUUACAUGUACCAGCUUUGCAAGUCACUUGAACAUAUACACAAAAAUGGCAUCUUUCACCGAGAUGUGAAACCAGAGAAUAUUCUUAUUAAGCAAGACCGCCUAAAACUUGGUGAUUUUGGAUCGUGCCGCAGUGUUUAUUCAAAGCAGCCAUACACCGAAUAUAUUUCCACUCGUUGGUACCGUGCCCCAGAGUGCCUUCUUACUGAUGGGUAUUACACGCACAAAAUGGACAUUUGGAGUGCAGGCUGUGUCAUGUUUGAAGUUUCCAGUCUUCAUCCACUUUUUCCUGGAUCAAACGAGCUGGACCAAAUAUCUAAAAUCCACGAUGUGCUGGGUGCACCAGAUUCUGCAGUACUGAGAAAAUUCAAACAGUCAAGAGCAAUGAAUUUUGAUUUCCCUCCCAAGAAAGGAAUCGGCUUAACAAAGCUAUUACCGAACAUCGUCUCAUUUGAAUGUUUGUCCUUGUUAAAUGCGAUGGUAGAAUAUGAUCCCGAGCAAAGAAUUAGUGCCACAGAAGCUAUGCAACAUCCUUACUUUGCAGAAUCCAGAGCCUUAGAGAAACAAACUCUGCACCGUCAACUAAUGCAAACAGAGAAGGCAAACAGUACAAGCUCCAUGAGCUAUUUGCUUCGGAUUGCAGGACAGGAUCGAAGGCAGCACAUCCCGAAGUCACUACCUGAACCAACUAUCAGACAUCACAGACCUACCUUCCCAGUGGAGCUGCCAAAACUCAAUGUUUCUGGAGUAGGCAAGACUGUAAGCUACCCUACGCUUAAGUUCCAGUCUGUCUUUCCAACUGCUAGCAAUAACGGAAAACUCUCGAACAUACCACACUUCAAAUAUUUUGACACAAAGUAUGAAAAGACCCAGCAUGAGAAAGUCCUACUCAAGCCAUACCACUUGCCUUCUAUUGAAAGAAAAGGAGGAGGGGUUUGACGUCUUUUGUUUCAGCCAUCUUUGAUUUCAGAUACGGUCAUGGAGACAUACCAGCCAAAGCUAGUUAUGGGAAAAAAAGGCUCCUUAAGGUUUUCGUGUUUUCAUUUUAAAUAAAUACUCUGCUCAGUUGAUUUGUCACAUGCACUUUACAUUGUUAAUCUGACUUGUACAUAUAUUCUUUCGGUUGAGUUUUUGACUUUGUUAA